UGGCAGGGGUUGCCCCUUGGGCUGCAAUUUAAGACUUCUGCCCAACCGCAAGCUGGAGCAGUCUCUGAACAGGCCCCUGGCCUGAGAGCAGCAUGGGGGUGCCUACCUGUCGUGAUCCAGGCCGCGAAGAUGCGUAGACAGCCGGAACGAACAGGCAAAGAUUCGGCUCCCACAGCAACCUAAUUGUAGCUUUGGUCCCUGGCCUCCGCCGCACCCUUUGCCCUCCCCGGAGUGGAAACCAGCCAGUCACCUGCCACAGGAAUCCGUCCCAGGUGAGAUUCGCGGACCUCCCUGAACUCAAGCCCUGGCUCCUUGCUACGCCUAGGUGUAUAUGCUGUGGGCUAGUUUGUGGGCCUUCAGCCGGCUGUCCACCCUGUCUAGCUUGAUCUUCUGUAGGAGACUUAAAUGUGCCCUGCAUCACCUUCCGGGAGCUGAUGAGUCGCCCUCCCUUCCUGUUCUUUCCAGUUUACCAUGGACAGCUCUAAGAGGCUACUUGGCUUCUGGCUGAGGCUCUGAGCAGGAAGGCCUGGCUACAGGAUUGUUAGGUGGCCAAAAAAAGGAACUGUAGGGGGCCUCAGAGGCUAUCUGCUCAGUGAACAGUACACAGGCCCUAAGAGAGGGUGUGUGUCAAGAUUCUGGCCGUCGCCAUCUUUCUGAGGUUGUCCCUGAUGCGUGAACACAAGGUGAGCCCAUCUCCAGGGUCAGAGUCUGGAACUUGUGACGGGCACCCAGUCCAACCCAUGGGGCCAUAUCACCACUCUUGACAGCCUCAGUCAAGGGCGGGAGGAGACAUGCAGACCACAUUCCCAGAGCUGAAGGACUGAGUCAUAGGACCGUGUGAAGGCAAAAAAAGAACUUGCACACAGAUCCAGGUGCCCUGGAUGAGGAUGGGUUUUUUGGGCCCUGAUGGUACAUCGGUUAGGGCAAAGAUCCAGCACUAAGGGACACAGGAACCUCCAGAACUGGUGCCCAUGUUGGAAGAUGGAUGGCCCAGAGACAGAUUUCAACCUUAAAGUCGUCUUGGUCAGCUUCAAGCAGUGUCUCACUGAGGAGGGAGAGGUGCUGCUGGACCACUAUAUCGCCAGCUGGAAGGGACUAGUCAGGUUUCUGAACAGCCUGGGUGCCGUCUUCUCAUUCAUUUCCAAGGAUGUGGUCUCAAAGCUGCAGAUAAUGGAACAUCUGAGGAAGAGCCCACAGUAUGAACACUACACUAGCUUGCAGUCCAUGGUAGCCUAUGAGGUGGGCAACAAGCUGGUGGACAUAGAUAGAAGCUCCCGUUCCCGAUACCCUAACUCAGGCUGCCGGACUGUGCUGCGCCUACAUCGUGCUCUGCACUGGCUACGACUGUUCCUGGAAGGCCUACGCACCAGCCCUGAGGAUGCUCGUACCUCCACACUCUGCAGUGAUGCCUAUAAUGCCACAUUGGCUGCCUAUCACUCCUGGAUCAUACGUCAAGCUGUCACUGUGGCUUUCUGUGCCCUGCCCACACGCAAGGUCUUCCUCGAGGCCAUGAAUGUGGGGUCCUCUGAGCAAGCAGUGGAGAUGCUGGGAGAGGCCCUACCCUUCAUUGAGCACGUGUAUGACAUCUCCCAGAAGCUCUAUGCUGAGCACUCCCUGCUAGACCUGCCUUAGUGGUGGUGCCCAUACUGUGUGGGCUUCUCCUGCUCAGAACUGGGCUUGGGCAACCUGGGACUACUCCCACAGCAGUGCCCUCUGGAUGCUACUAUCAUCCCUGAAAGCUGAACUUGCUGAGAACCACAGGCUGUGAACCAAGUGAGGUGGAUGCUAGUCAUGCUCUUGGUCCAGAAUGAGACACUUGAACUCCAAUUUUGCCCUCUACUUUAGUUAUGUGUGUGUUCAGUCAGGCCUUAUUGAAAUCCAGGUGGCAAACAGAGAAGAUGGGGAGGAGGGUUAUGUUCUACCUCCCAUGUGUGUAAUCUGAAAUGGUAUAAGGGCACAGGACCCUGGAGCUGAGGUUCUAUCUCCCUCACAGUCAACAUGCCCAGCCAAUGUGUAUCCUUCCUGUGUCCAUCUUGAGCCUGAGACAUGGCACCAGUGCCAGGCAAAUAGCCCUGGGUCCCAUAUUCCAAAAGCUGUCCUUGGGUAAGAUGGAGUUCCUUUGGUAGUGACAUGAGCACUGAAAACUUCCCCUGCCCUUCACCUGCCUCCUUGUUAGCCUCUCUGCAUAUCAAACAGGCCUUUGUCUCCUUGGAAAUGGAAACCAUCUGAAACUGCUAGCUGAGACUUCCUUAGGAAAACCUGCUCUGGUCAGUGCAGCCUGCCUCAUAGCUUCUGCAAUGUAGUAGCAUCAGCCUUCAGAAGGUGACCUCCUGCAGUGGCGCUCUUGCAGUACAUGCAUCCCCAAGAUUCUAAGAUGUCAAUACUAAUUGGCCAAACCAUUAUUUGGCCUCUCUCUAGCCAGCCUUGCUGCUCCUGUCACCAUGGUACUCAGGUGACAUAGAUAGAACAGGACUUGUGGAAGAGGGCUGGGCCCCCUUGUCUAGCUGACAGGUGACCAUACCCAGCAUGGUUGACACCCAUUGCAUAAGACCCUAACCUCUCCCACUGGGUUUUAAUGUUAAACCCCGGACAGUGUCCCCAGUGCAGGUGAUGUGUAUAAAUGCAAACUUUGGGACAUAUCUCUUUCCUCAAGAACUAUGAUAUAUGUUGUGUUUCCAACAUAAAUAAAUUACACCUACAUGAUUGGG